GGUACCCCAACUGGACCAGCUUGGACGCCUCUUCGCGCCACACACGCCAUGGAUGAGACGCCCCGCUCCACCCGUUCCUGGACGUCGCGAACCUUGGGACCCAUGAAGCGAGGAUCCUUGAGGGGCUCUAUCUUUACGCUGAUGUCCGCAGCCAUAGGUUCGGGCGUUCUAUUGUUGCCCUAUGCAUUCAGUUUGGUGGGGGUGCCUGUGGGCAUUUUGACUUUGCUGUUUGGAACAUACUGCUUAGCCACAUCCUUGCGAUUGAUCAUCACCAUUUCGCACAUCACAGGCCGGGAUUCCUAUGCCAAGAGCGCGAUCGAAGUGCUGGGCCCUGUGGCAGGACGUGGCUUGGCUUGCCUCAUGGUGGGUGAGGCUCUGUGCGGGCAGGCCGCCUUCAUCAAGUUCUUGUCCGAUCUGUGGCCCCGCGUGCUCCCAAUGGCCUUUGGUCGCCUGUCGAAGACGCAGAUGGCCUUUGUGAUCAUCUUCGCCGCUUUUCCCGCAGCGGCCUCCAAGGACAUGUCCGUGCUCCGGCACGUCACAGUGGUCUCCUUUUUCAGUUUGGCCUUCAUGGCCAGUUUGGUCGUGAGUAGUGCGGUGCAUGAGCCAAACGUGGAGGAGAUCUCUGUGAUCACCUCCGGGACGUCUGAGAAGAUCUGGUAUGUCCUUCCACAGACAUGGUCCUUGGUCCUGAGUGCCUUGUACUGUCAGCAUGUGGCGAUCCCGGUCUACAAGCAAAUGAACAACUUCAACGGCCGCCGCAUCAACAAGGUGCUGUUGCGGUCGUGUACCUCCCUUUCCUUACUCUAUGCCUUGGUGGCGACCUGUGGAGUGAUGGCCCAUGGAGCAAAGACUCCCGAGAACAUCUUGUUGGCCUAUCCCAGCAGCCACCAAGCCGCAUGGCUUGCGCAGCUUUUGACUGGUUGCUCUUUAUUGAUCGCCCUGCCGCUGGGCGUGCAGCCCGCGCGGGACCAACUUCCUGAGGUCCUCUACUCGAUCCGAUCCCUCACAGGCGCUCUCCACUCCUUGGGUCUCCGGCUCCUCUUCGGCCAGCGACCUCAGCGCACGCCCAGCGUCUCGGAGCUGGAGUUCCCCGUGGAGAACGUGAGGCCACCGACCGGGCCACUGCGAGUGCUUCACACCGCGGUGAUCAUGUCUGUGGCAGCUUCUUUGGCAUUGAUCUUCCCCAACGUCACCUCGAUUGUUGGCAUUGCCACGGGAUUCGGCUCGGUACUUUGGACCUUCAUCAUGCCCAUGGUCAUGAUCCUCAUCCUCAGGCACCGGGCGGCGCAUGGGAAGAUCGACGGGGCGCCCCUGCACAUCCCGGGUCUGGGCAGCUCCAAGCGGGAGAGGCUCUUGAACUCCCCCUUGGCCUCGCCGACGUGGUCCCCACGCAACUCGCAGCGCAGCUCGCCCACGCUCUCUCCGGCGCCCAGCGCCACAUCGCUCACGGAGGUCCCAAACCUGGUGCUGGAGGCCCAGGAGGACAUUUGCAUGCAGAUCGAAGAGCCUGACAGUGGCUGGACCAGCACCGUGCUGCACAGCUCCACGCGCGCCGAGACGGGCGGCACCGGUGGUCCACCCGGGCUCCACGGACCGAGCCCUGUGAGAGAUCACUACCCGUGGUCCUUCCAAUUCAGUAUGGGCAUCUUGAGCUUGUCCAUUGGAUCGAUCUUGGGCCUCACCUCCGCCUACCAGUCCUUAGUGAAGGUCCUAUGAGGAUGGCGCGACGGGCUUGCAGUCAGACCUCUGAAGAAUCAAAGCUUUGCCGGCGCUACAGUGAAGAGCUGGGGGCCGGGUGCGCAUUUCAGGGCUCAGGAACCAAUCCACUAGACAGUUGUGACGAUGUGCUUCAAUC